AUGACCGACCCAGAUCCAUCCUUCAAUACUGAGCGCCAUGUCAAAUACUACCUCCGAUGCCUGAAGACCUUCCUGCCCUCCGCCUACACUUCAAAUGAUUCCAAUCGCAUGCUUCUGGCCUACCUGACCCUCUCUGGAUUGGACGUGCUCGGCGUCUUGCAAAGCAAAACCACACCGGAAGAGAGACAAGGCUACAUUGACUGGCUCUACCACUGCCAGGUGCCCUCGGGCGGAUUCCGCGGCUUCCCAGGCACAGAUUUUGGCCCAGAGAAGCGAAACAAGGAUAAUGAAAUCUGGGAUCCGGCUAAUGUGCCGGCAACGUUCUUUGCGCUGGUCAACUUGCUGGUCCUCGGAGACGACCUAUCCCGUGUAAAACGGCGAGAAUGUCUUGAAUGGCUUCCUACCGCCCAGCGUGCGGAUGGAAGCUUCGGUGAAAUUGUCGGUCUUGGGGGGAAUGUAGGGGGAGCUCGCGAUUUGCGGUAUUGCUGUUGUGCUGCGGGCAUACGGUACAUCCUCCGCGGGCGAAACGCGACUGGGCUUGAGGGCGUACCGGAUAUUAAUGUGUCGGGCUUGGUUACUUUUAUUGAGGCGUGCCAGACGUACGAUGGUGGCAUGGCUGAGUCCCCCUUUUGUGAAUCGCAUAGUGGACAUACAUAUUGCGCGAUAAGUUCGUUGGACUUCUUGCGCCGCACAUCCAAUGAUACGAAAUCAGUGCCGCUGCUAUCGGCAGGCUCUAGGCAGUUUGAGGCUUUGAUUGCAUGGUUAGCUUCAAGGCAGACAGCCGAGCUCGAGGAACCUGAUGAGGAAGAGGAUGACAAAGAGCCUGAGAUGCCAGAGACAGGUUCUAUCGCUGACAGAGUCCGCGGGCUGCCCAGUGUGCAAUCACUGGAAGCCAACACAACAUGCGCCGGCUUCAAUGGCCGGUGCAAUAAGUACGCAGAUACAUGUUAUUCAUUCUGGAAUGGAGCAACACUGGUGAUGUUGGAUCACUACUACGUGGUCGACGAAGUUCGCAAUCGUCGAUAUUUGCUUGAAAAAACCCAACAUAUUGUCGGUGGGUUUGGAAAGGGGCCCGGGGACCCUCCUGGUAAGGCUGAAUCUGCUGCUGACAACAACAACAUGUUGCUGACCGAAACUCUAGAUCUUCUUCACUCGUACUUUGGCAUGGUAUCCUUGGCCUUCCAAGGUGAGGCGGGACUUAGCCCUGUCGAUCCCACGAUGGGCUCUAGUGAGCGCACAGUCCGACAUCUUGAAUCGCUGCCUUGGUGGCAAUGA